AUGGAUACCACCAGCUCCGCCCAUGGAGCUGGCUCUGCCGCCUCUUCGUCUUCCUCGCAGAGCUCAAACCGCUGGAAGUACGAGGUGUUCCUGAGCUUCAGAGGAGACGACACGCGCACUACCUUCACAGACCACCUCUUCAUUGCGUUACGCAAUGCCGGAAUUAAGACGUUUAUAGACAACCAGCUCACAAGGGGGGAAAACAUACAGAGUGAACUUGACCAAGAAAUCGAAGGGUCGAGAAUUGCCGUCAUCAUCUUCUCGAAGAGGUACGCGGAGUCCCGGUGGUGCCUGAGGGAGCUGUCGAAGAUCAUGAGGUGCCUAAAAGAUCAAGAGGGGAAAAUAGUAUGUCCAAUAUUCUACGACGUUGACCCUUCUCAAGUCAGGAAACAGAAAGAUAGUUUUGGGGAAGCAUUUCAGAAGCAUGAAAAGGAUGAAGAUCCAAAUGAGGUCAAGCAGUGGAGAGAGGAUCUUAAGGCUUCUGCAGAUUUGGGCGGCUGGAACCUCAAAACCACGGCCGACGGGCGUGAAGGAGUGUUUAUCAAGAAAAUUGUUGGGGAUGUCAAGGGACUACUGAAAACCACAGACUUUAAAGAAGCCAAGCACUCAGUUGGAAUGACUUUUCGCGUGCAAAAAUUCAGUACUAAUUACUUAGACGUUGGAGGUUCACCUAAUGUUCAAAUAAUUGGAAUUUGGGGUAUGGGCGGUAUAGGUAAAUCAACGCUUGCCAAAGCUGUUUGUAGCAAUUAUCAGCAUAGUUUUAGUCGUCAAUGUUACCUUGAAGAUGUGAGGAGUAAAAAGAAAGAGAUGGUUAGUCUGCAAGAACAACUUCUUCGAGAUAUUUUAAAACAGCCUGACAUUAAGGUAAGCAGUGUUGCCGAAGGGACCGAAGAGAUCAAGAAAAGACUUGGAAGCAUGAAGGUACUUGUCGUGGUUGAUGACAUAGAUGAUGCAGACCAAUUAGAUGAAUUGGCAAUAGAACAUGAAUCGUUUGGUCCAGGGAGCAGAAUUAUUAUAACAACAAGAGAUGAACAAGUGCUGAAUAUACAAAAGGUGGAUAAAAAAUAUAUGGCAUAA